UAAAAAAGUGUUUGGAGAAAAAGGAGGGGUGUGGCUUUGGAAUGGCCAGUGGUCAUGUGAUUGUUUUCACUCUGAGAGGUGGCAAGUAUGUGAGAGAACAGCUGAACCUCAGGAGAAAUGGCCCUAACAUGAACAUGUAGGAUCUCAUACAUGCAUAUGCACAAAAAGGAAGCACCGGAAUGGACCAGAGAGUUGCACACAGUUUGUACCCACCUGAGGGCCAGCCCAGCAGACCCAGAGAUGUUCUUGUUAAGUCAGCCUCUGCCUAUGCUGAUAUCCAAUGGGAACAGCCUCACCAGCCGAGAAUUCCAGACAGGGAUCCAUUUAGUUAUCCUCAUUGUAAGAUCCCUCCGCUUGCCAGUUAUGCUCCUCAGCCUGAUUACAUGACAGGGGACAAUGACCUCAUCAAGCCCAAAAAGCUGGUUAAUCCAGUGAAAGCCUCUAAAAGUCACCAGGAACUUCACCGUGAGUUGCUCAUGAACCAUAAACGAGGUAUUGGUGUAGAGAACAAGCCAGAACUGCAGCGAGUCUUGGAGAAAAGGAAUAGAGAGCAGAUAAUAAGACAGAAAAAUCAGGAGGAGGCAGCCAGGAGGAAAAUCUCUCCAUUGGAACAGGAGCUCCUCAAGAGACACCAUAAACUGGAGGAGUUGGAGAAAGAGCAAGCAAGACUUGAGGACAGUCAUUUCAACGCUCCAGAGUUCAUUAAAGUGAAGGAAAAGCUGAGACGAACAUCAUUUACAAGUUCUGGAGAGAAGGAGGUUUAAGGGUGUAGACACAGACUGGAUCAAUGUGUAUGUGUUUGUGCACAGCCAGUAACACAGAGACCUGCUGCUGCUCCUAAACACCACCCACACGGCAGUGCUUUUCUAUUUCCUGUCUCACACCAACAACACCCUCACCUCUCUGUAGUAGGUUGAGAGAGCAUAGUCCAAGAGCCUUUUUAAAUCUCCACAUAACAAGGAAGUUGAGGCUCAAGGGGUUUUGUGAGACUGCAAGGAGAAGACAAGUGUUUGGUUUAGAUUUGUUCAUUUUAGCUGCUCCAGAUUGGAUCUGAAGAGUAAAAGAUGAACUGUCUAAGGUGCUUAUUAUGAUUUUGUGUGUUUAAAUGGAUGGACGGCUAAGUUCUAGUUCAUUCAAACUAGUUGAAAAAGUCAAAACAAGGUGUAAGGGAUUUUUUCCAGAGUAAAUAUAUCAUCUUCUAACAUGUAUUACCCUCUAAACAGAAGCAGAACAUUUAUAAGGUGUCAGUUAGAGAAAUAUGUCAGUAUUACAAAACAAAUGAUUGCUUAGCAAACCGCCAAAUGUUCAUUGCCUAAAUUUGAACUUUAUCUCUAAUACCCACUUGUCACUUUUAAAAGAGUAUCUAAUGACUAAGAUUGUUUUCUGCCUUUCAGCAGUUUUUAUUUGAAGCAUAACUCUGAGACCAUGCAACUGUGCAAGAAAUAAUUACUCUACAGCUCAGAAAUGGCAUAACCAGUAAAUAAGAAACAUAAAACACUGACUUUGUGAAUGUUAACAAAUACACCUUGACACAAAGUUAACAAACUAAUUUGACUCAAAAGAUAGUUAGACCUGUGUAAAAAAGAAGGAAGUUGCCUGGUUUGGAAAUGUUUGUGCUUAUUCCAGUGCCUUUGUUUAAAUAAUAGAUCUGUUGACUGUUACCGGUUCAAUCAAUGUUGCAGAUAGAUUUUGUUUGUAAUUUCAUCUUUAUGAAAUGUACCCUAAUUAAAGCAUAUGGCUGUGCGUAUGUUUGUGUCUGGAAGAUAAAGAAUGGGGUUUCCUUUCAAAAGAUCGGAGGACUGCUUUAAUUUAUGACUGCUUGACCACUUAUUACGAAAAACAAACAGGGCACUAUGAAAUGAACUGAGAGCAAGGAUAAGUGCUUGGCUCAGAACAUUCACUCUCAGACAAUUAUUUAUUUUCCUUUUUUCUAACAUACGGAAUGUUUUAUCUACUCUUUUCUAUCUCUUUUACAGUGUUUGGGUUUUUAAAGCACAAACCAUAAUGUAAUUCUUGCCUUUUUUGGCUCCCAAAGCCAAUGGAUAAUACAAAUUUCAAUAUAUUACUCGGUUCUGUAAACAUACCUGUAUUGAUAUUUUAUGCUUUGGUUUAAUUUAAUGUUAUUUAAUUGAUGUUGAUACAAAUAUGGCAAAGUACAGGCUACUCAUAUUUUC